CCUGGACAUCAAUCACUCAGUUUGUUUACUUUGUCAACAAUCAACAAAUUCAUUGCUCAACGAUUACUAGUGCGAAACAACGCUGUGUUUCAAGAAAGCAUUGCAUACAAUUUCCCCAAAAUGGAUGGAGCAUCAGUGAUUGCAGAGGCACUCAAGGCACAGGGAGUAGAGUAUGUCUUUGGCAUCGUUGGAUUCCCGGUGAUUGAGGUUGGAAUGGCUGUCCAGGCAGCGGGUCUUCAGUAUAUCGGAAUGAGGAACGAGCAAGCGGCGGCAUAUGCGGCUGGAGCUAUUGGAUACCUAACUGGGAGGCCUGGAGUGUGUCUAGUUGUUUCUGGACCUGGGAUGUUGAACACCAUCUCUGGAUUGGCAAAUGCAACGAUAAACUGUUGGCCCAUGCUUGUUAUAGGAGGGGCCAAUGACAAGGAUCAAGAUUCUAUGGGAGCCUUUCAAGAAUAUCCACAGGUCGAGAGUGCCAGACUUUGUGCUAAAUACACAGCUCGACCUGCUAGUGUCAGCCAGAUCCCAUUUUAUAUUGAAAAGGCUGUUCGUAUCAGCAUGUAUGGUCGACCCGGAGCCGCUUAUAUUGACAUCAGUGGUGAGCUGGUCAACCAAACAGUUCCUGAGGAAUCCAUUAGGAUUAUGCCCAAGGUGGGGCCACCUCCCCCGAUGCUCGGUGACCCAGGGCUAGUUGAAGAGGCUGUUCGUCUCCUGACAUCUGCCAAGAACCCUCUGAUCAUCAUUGGCAAAGGAGCGGCAUAUGCCAAUGCUGAAGGAAGCGUCCGUGAGUUGGUGACGAAAUAUGGCUUUCCGUUCAUCGCUUCCCCAAUGGGGAAAGGCGUUGUUGAAGAUGACCAUCCACAGUGCGUUAUUGCAGCAAGAUCAAGGGCGUUACUGCAGGCAGAUGUCAUACUACUUCUGGGUGCAAGACUUAACUGGAUUCUUCACUUCGGUUUACCACCUAGAUUCAACCCUACAGCUAGAUUUAUUCAGAUUGAUAUAUGCCCGGAGGAAUUGGGCAACAACAUCGGAACAAACAGACUGCUUGGCGUGGCUGGGGACAUCUUGUCAGUCACUAAUCAGAUGUUGGAGGCCUUCCAAUCUCUUAAUCCCAACUGGAUGUAUCCCAGCAACACCCCCUUUUGGCAGAGUCUAAGGAGCAAGGUAUCGGCCAAUCAGAAAGCGAGUCAAGAGUUAAGCGUGGACAAGUCGGUGCCCAUGAGCUUCUACUACGCCCUGGGGCAGGUGCAGAAAAUGAUUCCAAGAGAUUCGAUCAUCGUCAGUGAAGGUUCAAGUACUAUGGAUAUUGGUCGGACAGUUCUGCUCAAUCAUUCACCAAGACACAGAUUGGAUGCAGGGACAUUUGGAACGAUGGGAGUUGGUCUGGGGUUCUCAAUUGCUGCGGCAUUGCUUGCCAGGGACAGAUGGCCUGGGAAAAAGGUUGUGUGUGUUGAAGGGGACAGCGCAUUCGGAUUCUCUGGGAUGGAGGUUGAAACAAUAUGCAGGUACAACCUACCUAUCCUCAUGGUUAUUGCUAAUAACAACGGGAUUGGCAUGGGCAUCGAGGCAGAAACAUGGAACGAUGUAGAGGUCAAAGAUCGCUCUGUAGAGAUUCCAGUCACAGGCCUUAUGCCUGAUACUCGCUAUGAAAAAAUAAUUGAAGCGUUCGGCGGGAAGGGGUACUUUGCUAGGACCCCUACAGAGCUUGAGGGCGCUCUUCGUGAGAGUCUCACCACAUAUGCCGAUAAACCGGUCAUUAUUAAUGUGGCAGUGAACCCCCAAUCGACCAGAAAAAGCCAGGAUUUCAAUUGGCUGACAAGAACAGAGAGCAAGUUGUAGGAGCAAAGGUUCCCCGAGGGUUUGUGUUUUGACCAGAUGACAAAUGCUGCGUGUACAACUCUAGCACCUUGGUUUGGGAUUUUUGGUUGGGGAUGUAAAAAGACACCACUAUUCAAAAUUUAGUAAAGGUAUUGGCACGGUGGUAAAUCAUACAUAAAGCCAUGUUAAAAUUUGAUGUAUAAAAAUGUAAAUUUUGACACUUGUAGUAGGUGUAUUGGGCCAAUAAUUGAAUUCAUUAAACAAUCUCAGCUCCCUGAACUGAUUGAUCUCUGCCAUAGCAGGUACCCAUUUACCUCUGGGUGAAGAGAAGCAAUUAAAAGUCAUUGUAUUGCUCAAGAAUAUAAGUGUCAGGAUUUGAAUCCACAUCCCAAUAAUUUCCCCGCCAAAACUUGAAUAACUCAGCCAUGGCAUGCCUCAAAGGUUCAAAUGGGAUGAUAUGUAUUUUCUUUAUACACAUUUGUCAUUAUACAUAUCAAUUGAAAUUUUGUCAGAAAUAUUUUUGAUACAAUGUGUUUUUUGAUGUAUGGUGUAUCAGGUGCAAUAAAUUUUGGAUUUUGAUUAUUCUAAAGUAAUAUCUUUAAGUAUUAUCUUUUUGGGGAGGGGGAACGGUUUCAGAUUGGAAAAAAAAGAAUUUGCAGGAGAUAUAACAAAACGACUGUACAAGAAACAAUCUUUCAAUUUUUUUGUCUUUUCUUAAAACAAUCAGAUUUGAAUUCCUUUAAGUUUGUGGGUGUCUUCCUUCUUUUGUUUAGUUGUGAUCAUAAUCUUCUAGGUUAUUAAUGGCUCAGAAAUUUGGGGGAAUUUAUCAUUGUUGUCACUAAUUAAUUAUUUCAAAAUAUCAACGUUUUCAAAAUGGAAAUUUAAUUUGUCUCUCAGUUGUGUUUUGAAGCCAUACUAUUCCACAAUCCUCAUUCGGAGUUGUGCACAACUUUGAGAAAACUGCAAGAAUUCGUGAUUUGGGUUGAUUUUGCCCUGGUGUCAAGUUAAGUAAAAAUUUAUAAAAUGUUUAUUUCUGUAAUAAAUAAACUGAUGUUGUAAUUAAAA